AGCAGUCGUCAACUUUCUCUCUCUAUUCUUAUAAAUUAAUACACUAAAAAAUACUGUUCCUUGAUUUCGGUGCUCUGUAGAGAAAAUACAAUAGAGAAAAGAGAGUAGAGACAAACAGAAAGGAAGAGAAAAGAUUGGUGUUUUUGUUCUUCUGAUAAAAUUAUAUCUCUUUGAAGCUGAGUUUUAGGAGAGACAGAGCUGAUGAUAACGUUUGGGGCUCAAAGAUAUUGUUGUUUUGAUUGAUUGAUUGGGUAUAUAACUUGUUUUUUAAGAAGAUAACAAGUGAAUUUGAACUCUGUUUUAAUGGUGGUGGAGAAAAAGGAGAGAGGAUAGAAGAAUUUCUUCUUUUUGGGAAAACUUAGAAAUGAAGAAAUAGUUUUUAUGGGUUUUUGUUAAAAAUGGGUUUUUGUCUUUGAUCUAGAGAAUUGUUCUGUUUUACUUUUGAUGAAGCUUUUUGAUAAGAUUUUAUUCGAUUUGGGUUGAAAAAAGCUAAAGUUGAAGAUCCCUAAUCUUUCUUCUUUAUCCUUUCUACUAGUUUCACAUCAACUGAGAAGGUUUUAGUAGUAGUACUAGUGAUGUAUAGUGGCUCACAGACUUCAGCUAAAGAUAUGAAUCUUUUGUUUCCAUCUUCUUCAACUUUUAAGAAUUCAUCAGAAGGAGGAGGAGGAGGAGAUAAUUUGCAGAGAAACAGAGAAGCUUCCAUGGAUGUAAACCUUUUUCAUCGCCGUCAACCAAAUCAUCAGCAAAACCAACAACAAUUUAAUUCUGGGUUAAUGAGAUAUCGAUCUGCUCCAAGUUCUUUACUUGAAAAACUCAUCAAUGGUGAAGAUGAAGGAGGAUGUGAUAAUUUCAUACCCCCUCCAACUCAUUCAAGUCCUUCAGAAGCAGAGAGUAUAUUUGCUAGAUUCAUGUCUAUUGCUGGUAAUGAUUCUUCUGAUCUAAGAGAAAUUAAUGAAAAAUCAGCUGCUAAUAACAGAAACCCCCCUCAAUUCAUGGAACAAGAAGAAACUAUUGAAGAAAAUAAUGUGUUUCCUCCUACUUCUCAAAUGAUGUUUCAAAACCCUUCAAUUCCUUCCUCACAACCCCAACAAAAUUCUCUGCAGAGGCAAAAUUCAUUAAAUCCCACUGAAAGUCCUUACAGAGGUGUUAAUUCCGUGAACAUAGAUCAAAAUUCUUCACCUCUGAAGAUGGGUAGUGCUACUAAUUCUACUUCAAAUCUCAUCAGACAUAGUAGUUCUCCUGCUGGACUUUUCGCAAACUUGAACGUCGAAAACGGUUACGCUGUAAUGAGGGGAAUGUGGACUGCGGGGAAUAGCAGGCUGAAAAGUCAGAUGAGUUUCCCAUCAAGACCACCUACUUCAUCAGGGCUAAUGUCUCAGAUAUCGGAAAUUGAAAGUGAAGGUGGGAAUAGUGGCGAAGAAGGAAGUCUGAGUAAUGGUAAUAAUCGGUUCAUCCCUGGUUUCCCAGUUGCUUGUUGGGACGAUGGACUUGAUAAUUUUGGUGGUGUUAAAAGAGCUAGAGAUAUUAAUAACAAAAUGAUGAAUCCAUCAGAAGCACAGAGUGGAGAAGUCGGGAAUCAUACCACUGGCCUCACCCACCAUUUUAGUUUGCCAAAAAAUUCAGCAGAAAUGGCAGCCAUUUUACAAUAUCAAGACUCUGUACCUUGUAAGAUUCGAGCUAAGCGUGGUUGUGCCACACACCCAAGAAGCAUUGCAGAGAGGGUAAGAAGAACCCGGAUAAGUGAACGAAUGAGAAAACUACAAGAGCUCGUGCCAAAUAUGGACAAGCAAACCAACACUGCAGACAUGUUAGACUUAGCUGUUGAGUAUAUUAAGGAUCUCCAAACACAAGUUAAGACACUCAACGAUAAUCAAUUGAACUGUACGUGUUCAAACAAGCAAAAGCUAUAGACAAAUUUCUUCAGAGUGACUUCCAUUUGUACAGAAAAUAAAGAAGAAAAGGAUGAGUGCGCCACGCAAUUCAUUCUCUAAAUGAGAACUACGGGAAUCGCUAAUGGGUUGGAAAUUAUGUGGGCAACCAACUAAAAGAAAGAAGGUGAUAGCAUUCACCUAUCAAUACCCAUGCACUUAGGUUAUUAACAUGGCUUCUUCUCAUUUAUGCCAUUAAUGAAAAAAAUCAACUGUACAGUACAUGUUCAUGCUCAAGUCUUCUUACCUUAAGCCUAGUUGUAGCAUGUAUGUAUUUCUUUCUUGUUUAAGUUCAGGAGGUCUUCUACAACUAAUCUGAUAGCAGACUCCUGUUAGAGGGAGAGAUUAAUAGGCUUGUGGUUGGAUAGAGUUUGAUCUGGUGAUUCAAUCCAUUUAAUAUUGAUUGUGUCAGCUUCUUCCUUGAGUCCACGGUUAUAAUAAUAUAUGAUAUGUAUUGUAUUAGUUGCUAUACAAACAUACGUUUGAAAUAUUUGUUCAUAAA